AAAACGAAUACCCCUAAAUGUUUGGCCUCUCUCUGGGAUUGAGAUUGAUAGAUUUGGUGGAGAAUGACGACGAUAGGAGGAUUGUUAAUGGGGAUUGGAAGAUCAUUCAGAAGAAAGAGAGCUUCUUCUCUUGAUAUUCUCUCUCCCAAAAGAGCUCCAAGAGACUUCUACAAGGGCAAAAACUGCAAAUCUACUGGUUUCCAUACAAGAAAAGGAGGAUAUGUUGUGCAGCCAGAUAAAUUGCCAAAUUACGUAGUCCCUGAUCUCACCGGCUUUAAGCUGAAACCAUAUGUAUCUCAGUGCCCUGUUCAAGUCAACACGAACGAGUCAACCGAAGCUUCCAAGUGAAAAUAGUCAGGCAGGAGAAAUAUGUUUUUAAGUCUUCUUCAUUAAGCUUUAAGCUAUGACUUUGUUCUUCUACUAUCCUUAAUCCUUUUGGUUUGAUAUUUUCAUGAAAUGAUAGACAAAUUAUUUAACGCACUUAAUGAUAAUCUAUAAUUCCAAAAUAAUUGGUAACAUGUUUA